GGCUCCCAAGAUGGCGUCUAUCAUGGAAGGGCCGCUGAGUAAAUGGACUAACGUGAUGAAGGGCUGGCAGUACCGUUGGUUUGUGCUGGACUACAAUGCAGGGCUGCUUUCCUAUUACACGUCCAAGGACAAAAUGAUGAGAGGCUCUCGCAGAGGAUGUGUUAGACUCAGAGGAGCUGUGAUUGGUAUAGACGAUGAGGACGACAGCACCUUCACAAUAACUGUUGAUCAGAAAACCUUCCAUUUCCAGGCUCGUGAUGCUGAUGAGCGAGAGAAGUGGAUCCAUGCCUUAGAAGAAACAAUUCUUCGACAUACUCUUCAGCUACAAAUCAGUACCACACUUGCUUUUUUCCAGUCUUCUGGUAUCUCUCCAGUUCUUGAAUUUUCAAAAAUAAUUGGUUUGGAUUCAGGAUUUGUUCCUAGUGUCCAAGAUUUCGAUAAGAAACUUACAGAGGCUGAUGCUUACCUACAAAUCCUGAUAGAACAGUUAAAGCUUUUUGAUGACAAACUUCAAAACUGCAAAGAUGAUGAACAGAGAAAGAAAAUUGAAACUCUCAAAGAGACAACAAAUAGCAUGGUAGAAUCAAUUAAGCACUGCAUUGUGUUGCUGCAGAUUGCUAAAGACCAGUGUAAUGCGGAGAAGCACGCAGAUGGAAUUAUAAGUACUAUUAAUCCUGUAGAUGCAAUAUAUCAACCUAGUCCUUUGGAACCUGUGAUCAACACAAUGCCUACCCAGACUGUCUUACCUCCAGAACCUUCUCAGUUAUGUAAGUCAGAACAGCGUCCAUCUUCGCUACCUGUUGGACCUGUAUUAACUACCUUGGGACAUCAUCAGACUCCGACACCAAAUAGUACAGGCAGUGGGCACUCACCACCUAGUAGCAGUUUGACUUCUCCAAGCCAUGUCAACUUGUCUCCAAAUACUGUCCCCGAGUUCUCUUAUUCUAGCAGUGAAGACGAAUUCUAUGAUGCUGAUGAAUUCCAUCAAAGUGGCUCAUCCCCAAAGCGCUUAAUAGAUUCCUCUGGAUCUGCCUCAGUCUUGACACACAGCAGUUCAGGAAAUAGUCUAAAGCGUCCAGAUACCACAGAGUCACUUAAUUCUUCCAUGUCCAAUGGAACAAGUGAUGCUGACCUUUUCGACUCACAUGAUGAUAGAGAUGAUGAAGGGGAGGCAGGGUCGGUGGAAGAGCACAAAAGUGUUAUCAUGCAUCUCUUGUCACAGGUUAGGCUUGGAAUGGAUCUUACUAAGGUAGUUCUUCCAACAUUCAUUCUUGAAAGAAGAUCUCUUUUAGAAAUGUAUGCAGACUUUUUUGCACAUCCGGACCUGUUUGUGAGCAUUAGUGACCAGAAGGAUGCCAGAGAUCGAAUGGUUCAGGUUGUGAAAUGGUACCUCUCCGCCUUUCAUGCCGGAAGGAAAGGAUCGGUUGCCAAAAAGCCAUACAACCCCAUUUUAGGCGAAAUCUUUCAGUGUCACUGGACAUUGCCAAAUGAUACUGAAGAGAACGCAGAGCUAGUUUCAGAAGGACCAGUUCCCUGGGUUUCCAAAAACUGUGUGACAUUUGUGGCUGAACAGGUUUCCCAUCAUCCACCCAUUUCAGCCUUUUAUGCUGAGUGUUUUAACAAGAAGAUACAAUUCAAUGCUCAUAUCUGGACCAAAUCAAAAUUCCUUGGGAUGUCGAUUGGGGUACACAACAUAGGGCAGGGCUGUGUCUCGUGUCUAGAUUAUGAUGAACAUUAUAUUCUCACAUUCCCCAAUGGUUAUGGAAGGUCUAUCCUCACAGUGCCCUGGGUGGAACUAGGCGGAGAAUGCAACAUCAGUUGUUCCAAAACUGGCUAUAGUGCAAAUAUUGUCUUCCACACUAAACCUUUCUAUGGGGGCAAGAAGCACAGAAUUACUGCUGAGAUUUUUUCUCCAAAUGAUAAGAAGUCUUUUUGCUCAGUUGAAGGGGAAUGGAAUGGUGUAAUGUAUGCAAAAUAUGCAACAGGGGAAAAUGCAGUUUUUAUAGAUACCAAGAAGUUGCCUAUAAUUAAGAAGAAAGUGAGGAAGUUGGAAGAUCAGAAUGAGUAUGAAUCCCGCUGCCUUUGGAAGGAUGUCACUUUCAACUUAAAAAUCAGAGACAUUGAUGCAGCAACCGAAGCCAAGCAUAGACUUGAAGAAAGACAAAGAGCAGAAGCUCGGGAAAGGAAGGAGAAGGAAAUUCAGUGGGAGACAAGGUUAUUUCAUGAAGAUGGAGAAUGUUGGGUUUACGAUGAACCAUUACUGAAACGUCUUGGUGCCGCCAAGCAUUAGGUUUCAGCUUGCCCUCAACAUUCCAGAGAAGGAUGAAAAUGAGCUUCUGUGACACCCCUUUCUGUGUUUCAUAGCAAUAGUUAACCCUGGCAAAUAAAGAAAGGGUAGCAGAUGCUAUAGUUACAGCUGAGUAGUACACAUGGAGCCAAAACCCACCAACUUCGUGUAACCUCUCGGGUGCAUGCUAAGGUAUACUCUGGCCUGAGAAAAUACAGUAACAAUUGAAACAGAUGAAGAGAAGUUUGUCUUCUGAUCAGAAAACUGGAGCACCUUUUGAGCUGGGCUGAAACCUCUUGUUAAACCACCUUUUGCCUCAGUGUCCUUUGUUAAUUCAUCAUGUAGGGUUAUAUUAUCCGAGAGCUAGACUGCAGGUCCUAGAGCUGUUUUUGUAGGUUUUAUUACUUUGGGCCAGAAGCGGUCAAAAAGACCUGACACCCAGAAUUAAUAAAUCUGGAGAGGAAUUGCUCAAAGAUCAGAAGUUCUCAAUUUUCUUUAAAUAGCAGAAACCUUUUUCCCUUCACAAAUCCUGUAGUGAGCCUCAAUAUAAAUACAAUAUAUAAAACAAUUACGUUACACAGAAAUAGUACCAAUACAAAAAUGGGUCUGGUCUUUUCCACACAAUACUGAUUUGCUUGGGGUCAGGACUCUGAUACUCAAAACUGUGUUACUACCUCAUGGGCAAGACGGUCAAAGAGAUACUGCUGUGUCACCACCUCGUUCCAGUUCCUGUCCACCUCCUCCCCAAGAUGGGUAUCCUCACAUUCCUUCAACUUGAUCAGAGCUGUGACCUAUUCCACCAAAGAAAGAAACCCUCAGAUGUAGCAUCACACCAGUUGCCCCAGCACACACUUGAUCCUGUUUGGUCUGGUUUGUGACAGACCUGCUGUGAUCCCUUCACUUGGGACCUGCCAGCAGGAAGGGGAGGGAUGAAGCUAGGAAGACAUUUUGGUCACAUUAAGGUGGAACUACAAAACUCAAGAUCUGGCCAAAGGAACAAAAGACCAGGCCAGCAUUACUCACCUGGGUGUUGAAGGCUUCCUCAGUGAGGUUCUCGAUCUUCUCCUCAAAGCUAGAAAGAAACUCUUCUAUCUUCUUAUCAACAACUUCAGAACUGAAACAAAAUAUCCUCAAUUAAAAGUCAUCAGAGGCAGCAGUUAUGCUAACAGGUCCUAUUCCCAUGCUUUAAUAAAACCAGUAUUUUGCACCAAAAAAGAAAAAAAAAAAAAAAACCUGGUCUCAGAAUGCAAAGGAGAAAAAAGGGCUAAGGCAUGGUUCUAGAAAGAGACUGAAGUAUUUUCUUCUAGGCUCACUACUCUUUCCCUAAGCUGAGUGAGAGAACAGAAAAGGACCCAACCCCUAACUCUAGCCCACCUUCUGACAUCCUCAGCACAUAAGCAGUGACAACCCAUGCUUGACCCCGCUCCAAAGCUGAGAACCAACAAGACUUGAACCCUGGUUCUAGGAUAAAUGCCAGAUCAGCCAUCUCUGCUUUUCUUGUCCUCAGGCCCACUUAGAGGACACACUGGCAAGCCCUGCAGUGACCAUGGGAUACCACAGGACUUCAGUUAAGCCUUCUAGGAUCAUUGGAACCAUUAUUGAUCCAUCUUGGAUCAGGCCAUCUAUGACCCACCCUGCAUCUCCACCCCCCCCCCCCCCCCACCACUGCUGUGAUUAAGUGAAGCAAACCCUAUUCAGUCAGAGUUGCCUGACGUUUAAGGAAGCACCUAUAACCCCCAAUCUCCAGGCCAAGAAUAAUAGCUGGGCCCAUCUACUCACUUGUAUUUCGUUGCCUGAGUCCCCACGGUGACAGAGAAUCCUAAAAUCCCAGAUGUGUUCCUACAGGUAGGGUAAACAUGGUACCUACGGCCAGAAUGAAAAGUUCUGUGAACUCAGGUAGUCCCCAGGGCCCUGCCCUCAGAGACUAGAGGUGAGUGGGAAGGGUUUCUGCACAUCAUAACUAGACCUGGAGAUCUAGAAGAAAAUCCAGAUGGUAUGCAUCUACUUCAUUUUUGGGUUAGGGUGUCCACCCCUCUUCUGAACUGAGAACUACGCGCCUUUUUCCUUGCUAAUCUUUGAAACUUGACUGAACUAAAAACCUGAUCAUAGUCCAAGAUGCAGAUUCUAGUUGUUUUGACCAGUAUGACUCUAAAACAUGGAAGGACCAGCAAGCUCCAAGAGGCUGCGCUCACUCAGGAUAUGUGAUAAUACAGCCUGCAAAGUAAGCCCCAGACCUUUAUUUGAGCUCAGUGCUCUUGCCAGCAGACUUACCCAAGGGUCUGCUUGGUUCGAAGGAAGUCAAAACAAGGCUCUUCCAUGUGCAUCUGUAAUUCAACAUACUACCCAUCAGCCCAACUCCUCCCAGCACAGAAACCUCCAUUUCUAACCCCCAAGUGUACAUAACCCCAAAGUCCAGCCGCCCUUACUGCCUUCUUCCUAAAUUGCCCAGGUCCCCUGUCCAUGCUCAUAGCAGAUGACAAUACUAAAAAUAACCCUCUCACCUACCAAACAGGUCCCCGACCCCUCCCAAGUCCCUAGUUCCCAGGCAGAAAGGCCAGUCCUCAUAGUGGGUCAGGGGCUCCUGAACACAUUACUCUUCUUUAUUACAACUUACCACAAGCAGCUCCAUAAGAGUGUAUUCUUUUAGACUCCUGGCACCUGACUGAAAGGAGAGGUUGGUCAGACCAACUGAAAAUCCAAUGGCUUACAGGACUUUUGAGGAAUCAAGCUAUUCUUGACAACCAUUUAUUCAGGAAUCCAUCCUACUCUCUUCCCCCAAGAGAACUGAUCACACCCUCUAUUUCCUUAUUUACAACAAUUUUGUUGACACAUCUACCUUCCCAUUAGACAGCCUGUGAGGACAGAAAUCACACUUGAUCAUUUGUAUUCUUGGCCCUUGCACAGGACUGUAUGUCCCAAUGGAGGUGAGUCCCAACUGGACUUUGGGUAUUGGAGUAAUACCCAACUUGCCAGCUCCUGCCCAAGACCCAAAGGACAAAACCUGAAGUUAGGUACUUGAAGUUCAAGGUCCUAAGGAGAAGAACAGAAAAUAUUUGGGAUCAAUGAAGGGUAUCUGGACUGAUUCCUCAGACAAAAAGGGUAUGAAUAGAAGCUUCUAAGGCCACACACAGGAACCCAAACCAGUCAAUAAAAGAAAUUCCUAAAAUGCAGAUAGAUACCACACUUGGGAGACCACAUCCUGGCUGUCCUGGAGAGUAGCAAAAUGAUGCAGUCAGAAUGAAAGAAAGCAGGAGGCCAACAAGCAAGGAUGCUGCUAGUACAUCCCACAGUCAUGCUCCUCUAACAGACUCUGUUCCUUCCCACUUCACUAGAGGAAGAGACUAAAAAGCCUGUGUGUCCUACAAGUCCUGUUCAGUUAGACAAGAAGAUAUUCUGUUCAAAAUGCGCUCUGGGAGGAGGGAAGUGGUUCUGUAAAGAAAGCUUGUUUUGGAAGUGCUAAGAGGUAAUGGAUAGAAAGUACCUCAACAGACAAGGUUCCACAAUAUGAAAUCUCACCCUACAACAGGUAAAGUACUAUGGAUUUUGAGCAGCAGAAACACUGGACAUGUGGACAGGUCUAAGCAGGGCCAGGGAUAUCAUUUAUGAAAUUUGGGCCCAGUAGUCAUUUCAGCUUUAAAUAUUAAGCUGAGAACAGGGUGCCUGGGUGGCUCAAGUUGGUUAAGCAUCUGCGUUCGGCACUGGUCAAGAUCCCAGAGUACUGGGAUCGGAGUCCUAUAUCCUGCUCCCUGCUCAGCAGGGAGUCAGCUUCUCCUCCUGCCCCUCCCCUCGUGCAUGCUCACUCGCUAGCUCUCUUGCUCUCUCAAAUAAAUCUUAAAGAAAAGCUGAGAACCUGGAUAAAAGCAAGCAAACUAGGUAUCUAUAGCCAGAGUGAGAUAAGCGCCACAGACAAGGUAGGUCUCUAUAGGAAGAAGAGGUCCAGGGCCAGAAACAGUAAAAGGACAAGGUGACAGGCCUGCCCAAAGCCCAGACCAGGAGCAUCUUCACAGGGCCUGACAAGAUAAGUGACUUCCUCGUGCAGGACACCCAGGAACCAUAGCAUAGGAACCCGAGUUGAAGAAGUCUGAGAUCAGUCUAGAGAGGCACAGGUCCCCAUUGUCCUAGAAGUAAGUGGGACUAACCACAAGUUAUGGGCCAACUGAGACUGUUGAAAAGCUCUUACUUUAAGCCCCAUCCCACCUUUCUAGAAUGGUGUGGAAAGAACACAGGAUCUGAGGACACAAGGAAUAGAUUCAAGCCCUAAAUAGUAUGACCUCAGGGAAGUAAGGGACUCUGGACUUCGUAUUCAUCAUCAAAAUACAGUGACAAGUCCUUUAUCUCAGAUGCUUUAAAACUUUUAAUUAUGACUCUGGUAGUCAUUCUGUUUGCUAUCUAUUGAUCGCUUGGCUUUACUUUUACUUUUGUCUCUUUUUCAAAACUGUCCUUUUAAAAAAUACCCUGCUACUUGGGGUUUUUUCAGGGGAACACAUGGGAACUUCCAACCACUCUUCAGUCUCUGUCCCUCUGGACUAGUAGUUGAAUGAUUCAGUGAAGCCCUAUGAUUGUAAAAGGAUCCAUUUCACUAAUAGGAGCAAUUUUUUUAAUUCAAUUGCUUCAGGAGGACAAAUGACCCUAAGUAUUAAAAGCUACAGAGGUAACUGCAAAAAGGCCUUGAAAGUCGUAGGGUCACGACUCCCAGGUACUUUGGACUUUUAGUGCCCUAGUACUUAGGCUUUAGUGCCCUAAAGAUACUUAGCCAUGAGGAUGGCUGUCUGUAAAGGGGCCAACUAACCUGGUAGUACACAGUGACUUCAGAGUUGGCAUCACCCUUGUUCAGAGCUCUCACUUUGCACAGGUGGUGGCCACUAGGCAUCUCUACCACCUGGAACUGCACAGGCAUCUCCUGUUCCAGAGGCAUGAAGUUCAGCUUGCUGCAAAAGAAUGAGUAUGGGUCACUGCGCAGUGCCUUUAUCCUCUUACCCCCACCCACAAACUGCUGUGAAGAAGAGGUCAGGCUGCCCACAGUCCCUUCUGAAUUAACUUUGUUUACACAACCAGCCUCAAGAAAUCCUACCACAAGGAGCAUCAUCCAUUGUGGAUUUAGUAAUAACUGAGCUGUGGCUCAAGGCCCUACUGCUGGUAGGAAUAAACAACUCCCACAGAGAAAAAACAAACCAAUACUCACUCAACAACGUAUUUCAGGAAAUCCAUUGAUUCCUAGGAGGCAAAAGAGAAAAUAACUAUAGCAGGCUCUCCUGACAUUAAUUUCACCCAGAAGCAACUAAUAUCAAUAUUCUAAUUCUUUAAGAAGCCCUGGAU